AUGGCAGACCAGUUCGACGACACGCUGAUCCAGCGGCUCAGCAAGAUGCCUCCAGGUACCCGCACCAAGGAGCAAGACGCGUAUCUCAACGAUUAUUGCAAGGCUGCCAGCAUCACCAGCGACACUACCGGCACUAACGCGUCCAAAAACUCGACCAUCAGCCUCCGUGCCAGCUCUAUUAACUUGUCAGCCCUAAGCAGCAACGCCCGCAUCGCCCUUGAGCGUAGCAUGGAAGGUGUCGAGGAUCGCUGGAACCGAUGUAAGUUGCGCGCUGCGGAUCUAGCCCGGUCCCGCGCCUCCACCGUCGUCCGAAACCGACCCAACGCGACCGCCCCGAGCGAAGCCACCUCCCGAACAACCGUUAGGGCUUCUGGGGAGCCCCCGAGUCCCAAUGCAUGCAUGCCUCUCGAUGAGAUUGCGCGCCUGGGAACUGGGACCGCGAAGGAGACAGACCGAGAGUUCCGAGAGCUGAUUGACGAGAUGGUGGCGGCGCAGAAGACCCUGAGUGAGAACGACACUAAGCAACGUUACUUUUUUUUCAGCCAGCAGAAGAAGAACAAAGACUCGGGUAGCAAGUAA